AAACUUCACGUAUGAUAUUUCGUUUAUUCAGAGAGCAGAAAAAUGGUUGCUCAGGAAUUCAUUGACUUGUUCAAUUCAAUAUCGUUAGCACAACGUUCUACUGUUGAAGAUUUCGCUGAUCGAUUAAAUUUAUUCACUGUGAUUUUACUGCUUAUCACUUGUAUUAUUGUUUCAACAAAACAAUAUUUAUUAAAUUCGAUUUCAUGCUAUAUACCAGUGAAACCAGCUGGAGAAAAUUUCAAUGAUUAUCUUGCAAAUUAUUGUUGGGUACAUGGAACAAUUCCAUUGGCUGAUGACGAAAGAAUGCCAACUACAGAAGCUCAAUGGGAAGAAUAUGAUUCAACACGAAGAAUUAUUAGGGGGGUGAUGAUCAAUUGGUUUUUCACAAUAAUCCAAAGUUGUCUCCGAAGUUCAAUCGGUAUUGUUCUUUGAAGUUUGACAUUGAACCAUUAUAAGUUGAAUAAUAUCAGGAAGUAUAAAACUAUGCUAAUAUGAUUGCAUAAUACCAUUUUCUCAGUAACAUCUUGAUUUCCAAACAUUUAUGGAAUUGUAUGUGGAAUCAAUAAAAUUUCAUUCUAUUGCAUGUUUGUUUCCUAUGACACUGGAGGUGGAAUGUGUAAGAUUUUUUAUCUGUAAGAAAGUUAACAGAUGCUAAAUAAUGAGUAGACAUAUAACAGUGGUGUAUAGAUGACAAAUAGAUGAGGAUGUGUGAAAUUAAUAAACGCAUUUGUAUAAUCCCAGUAAGAUUCUGCAGGAUGUAUGCCAUUUUUUAAAUCUUUUAUCUCUUCAGUGUUGGAAUAAUAUUUUUCCGUUUCCCAUACCAUAACCAAUGUCUUAUAAUGCUGAACAGCUAUAAAUCAAAACAUUUCGAGUUAUCACAACAAGGUCUAAUUUUAUGCCUCACUUUGCUCGUUACCAAUUUUCCUAAUUUAAUAAUAGUCGGAAUCUUUGUACCAAUCUACCAUUCAUAUUAUUGGUGCGCGGCGGAUAACUGUAGAGUAAUUAAAGGCCAAUCAGAAUGUUUCUUAGAAUGUCUCACCCACUGCUCCAGUUGAUUAGUCUGGCAGUAUGUUGAUAACAGAUACAGUAACAGCUGAGUUUUAAUACAUUUUUAAUGAGUUUCAUGUUAUUUACUUCAUGAAUUUUAUUUUUAUUGCACACUACUGCUCGUGAUCGAUCAUUAAGUAGUACUUCUCAGUCAGUCUAAAUUGCCAUUAACCCUUAUCAGGUUCGCAGCGUAUAGAGAUAAGUUCAUGUCCAUCUUUCAGCUCACUAGAGGCUUGUAAACGUUACUUUCCUUUUUAACAUUUCAGUUUGAUCCAUUAAUAGACAUCACUGCUGUUUUCGAAAAAUUUCAAGAUAUAUCAGGAUGAACAUCCACAUCAUGUUGUUCUUGGAAUUUAACUUUUUCUUAAUAAGAUCUUCCAUAUUUUUCUGCUUCCAGUGAUACUCAGAGAAUUAUGUAGCUUCAUCAGAGCUUGAUUAGAAUCCGGAUAUGUGCUCCAGAUAGAGUAGCAUACUAUUUCCAAAUCUCUUCAAUAAUGGCCGAUAGCAAUAUGGUGCGUGUUUUUGUUGUUGUUCAAAUAUGGAGGAAGAGAAUCGUGAGACAUGUUUACUUGACAACUCUAUUUACAGUGACUAAAUCAAUAUAUUUGUCAAUAUUCGGGUUAUGACUGAACAGCUAAAAUUAAUUUUAGAGGGUUGAGAGCAGCCAAUAGAAAGUUUCAGGUCUAGGUCACAACUCAUCGGCAAGGAGUGUUUGAAGUAUCAAUAGAAAAUGGAACUUAUGACAUGUCUAUCCACUUGAAGUAAUGGUUACAUCAGGGAGCGUAGACGAUGGAUUCCAGCCAGUGCUGAGUACUAAAGGAAGAGAUUCUCUAUUAUCUAGCGACAAAAUGAAAUGUAGUGUAGUCAAAAUACUUUGUUGAACAAUACAUCAUUAUAACUAAUUGGCAAAUUCUUGUUUAGAUUUCAUCCUAAUUAGUUUUUGAUAAGUUUGGUUAGUGCAGUACGGAGACAAUAGUUUAAAUUCCAUUUUAUCAGUUAAUUGAUAGCAUAAAUUAAUUUUUUCUAAAUUCUUGAUGGCCAAAAUAUAAAUCAAUCCUAAAUUACGUCCAGUCACAUGGUUUACUAAUAAAAAAGUCAUAAUGACGAAAUGAUAUCACAACUUAGGUUUCACAAACAAUUGUUAUACUAUCAUAAAAUACUUUGAUCACUCGACAAGUUGCUCAGAAUAUCUCAUUCACCAUAGUUGAAUCUUUCGUUAUUAAUGCUAAUCCACUGACAUAUACUCAGAGAUAAUCAUCUCAAAGCAUUAGGUAUACACAACAUAUCUAACAGUGAUUAAACCCAAACUUAUGUAGGAGAUCUGUCUAACGUGUCCACACCACAAUAACGUCAUAGAUAACGUACGGAAUCUUCGAAACACGACUCUAAAUAAAGCAAGAACAAAUAUUGGUGCAGAAUAGUAUAAAUUCAUAUUAUUCUUGCUUUAUUUAAAUUCACAAAGGGAACCAAUUGCAUGAAACAUGACUCUGCUGACUUGCCAUAUUUUUGAUGUUAGUCAAAAGACGAGAGAUCUAGGGUUGAGUGUUCGGUGUAAGUAGCAUCACAAACAUGUAAUACUUUAACACGCGAAGUUCAGCACCAUUCAGUGAAAUAACUUUGUAACUCUUGCAGGUCAAUAGAGAUAGGACAUUUCUGGUGGCUAUGGUAUUUUACUUCCAUGUAAAUAUGAAGUCGGUCAGUAGUGAUUCUUUAUACCGUUGAGAUGGAAAAUCGAUUGAUCGGAAUUUAUCCGGCGUGUUUAUUACACGAAACCAUAACUUACAAGUAAAAUAGUCUGAGUAGUUAUUACAGUACUAUUAACUGUCUGUCAAAAAAACACAAUUUAAUAAACUGUAUGCUGAAGGAAAGUUCCUGGCUUUAUCCCUUGUGGUGGUUGUUGUCUUAGAGUAAUUUUUGUGCUUGUUGGUACUUGUGAACAAAAAUAGAUCUCACCUCAAGGAGAUUCAUAAUCCUGUGUUGUACAUCUGAAUAGCGAUAUGGUUCUCAACAUGACACUAAUUGGUGGAUGAGUGUAAAUUAUUAGAAGCUGGAUAACUAGUGCUAAAUGAAAUAUCACUCAAUAAUAAUGUUGUAUAUAUUAGCCUGCUAUUGAGAAGCAAACGAUUUCAUGUUACAUAGUUCCUAGUGUUGGUGGAAUUCUUUAGUUUUGACAAUGACCAGGUUAACUCAGCAUCAUUAGAUUAAAAUCUGAGAAUUGAUAUUUUCCAUUUUUAUCAAUUUGUGGAAUAAAGCAAAUUUGCAACUAUUCAGUAAUCUCUAGGUAUAAUCAUUUCCCUGUUAUCAUAAAUCUAGUUAAUGAAGCUGAAGUUCAAUUUUCUUUCCUUAAAUCCAAUAAACUAUCAAUAACAACAUAAACUGAUUUUUGUUGGCAAUCGACCAGAUAUUAUGAAGGUUAGUUUUGCAAAGGGUACACAUCUUCUUGUAAACUGACCUAUUUCACAUUACAGUUAGACGAAUUUGAAAGAGAACUAUGUUAUUUAAUUGUCAAAAUAGAACCUAAAAUAGGAUAGUCUUUGUUCUUGAUAUCACCGAUAUUUUGUGCCGAUGAGUACGGAGAAAGAUGAGACCUUUGUUCAGGUUGAAAGCUUUCACAUGUCAAGUACUAUAUUCAAUUUUUUAAGUUCACGUUAUAAUACACCAUGGAGUGUGUAUAUUUUACGGAGACAUCUUUAUUUUAUGUUGAGAAAUAUUACUUAACUAAUCAUUGACAUCGUGAUAAUGAAUAUCAACAAAUAAAUCAAUAGUAUUUCAUAAGAAAACAUAAAAUGAAUCACCUAGUUAGGUAGCAUCUUUCUGACAUUUAUAGACUAAACAGUGUAAACGUGAGAUACUUAUGUUUAGUUUUUAGAGUCAAAGUACGGAUACUAAUUGACGAAAAUUCUGCUGACGUAUUACUUGCUUCUAUAAGACUGGCAAAAUAAUGAUUAUAUGUAUAUGUGGUUUCAUAUCAUGAUUACAGGUUACUGAUGAGUCACUAUGUAUUUGAUUUCAUUUCAUGAUUGCAGAUUAAUGAUGAGUCACUAUUGUUGAGCUUAUAAACAUGAAUCCAAUAUAAAUUAUUUUCAUGAAAUUUACUCAAAAUACAAAACAACAACUAGUUCGAAUUUCUUCAAGGGAAAUAUAAUCGAAGUCAACACUAUUAAAUAAUAUCUGUAUAUCAAUAUGGGGUUGAGGAGAUUGUGGAAUGUUAUGCACAGAGAUAAAAAAAUAUCAUAAUUAAAUCUAGCUCAAUUAUAUUCACUUCACCUACAGUUAGAUUGACUUUUAAGGAACGAAAAUAUUUCACAAAGACUUCGGUGCUCAUCCGGGAAGACUAACAUCCGAAGCAUUGUACGUGUAUGAGAAAGCCAGAGGAACAUUAAAAGAAGAGUUGAAAUACAGUUACUUACACCAUGGCAACUGUUGAUGAAUCAAUAAAUGCACGGACCUCAGACCUCCAUUAUUUAAAAAUUGCUACUAGCAUCCACGACCGUUUAUUUAAUCUCUCUUUUUAAAAUUUUUUUGUCUUUUUUUAUUACUGGUGAAUAUCACGUGACAAAUUACCAAUCGGGAUCUCGUUCCUUGUUGGUCGAUCUCGCGUCUGUUAUUACUCUAGCUUAGUAUCUCUCAUUUGGCCAAUUACACACUCGACUGCACCACUGACCUUGAGUCAACAGCUCAGUUCUUAUUGGCCCGUGAUUCUUUAGCUUCUCUCCGCCCUGCCCUUGAGUCCAAAGGUCAGCAACCAGUCUCUAUCAUACCUAUAAUUCAAACAGACGUAGUUCAAAUAAAGGCAGAUCAGGGUCGAUCGCACCAUGAAACAAAAAAACAGUUAUAAAUAAACAAGCCAAAGGUGUCGGUAAGUAGAGAAGACUGGGAUUGACAGACUAGCCAGAAUUUAGUAGUAGUAAAUCGUAUGAUAAUAGUUCAUGGCUUAACCGAAGUCUUAUGGUAAACAGAAUACAUAGAUAUAGUAAUGUAGUUACUCACUAAUUACGCAAAAUUGCAAUUAAUAAUGAUUAGAUUAUCAGCAAUAUCCGUUUCGUUAUAACUGAUUUACUUAUGAUUAUCAUUAGCAUCAUUUAAUUUUAACACCACAAUGAACUGUGUGAAUGAUCUGAUUCUACGGAUACUUUGACUUGUUCGCUUUACACCUAUGCAUUUUCAGACAUGAUAGAUGUGGGCCGUCAACUGACCUUGGACAUUAACGAAGACAUCGUUUACUCACUAUUUUCUACCAACAAUAGCAUGGAGGUAUAUACACACACAUUCUUUACAUGAUAAGCAAUUUCCGCAUCGAACUCUCUUCAACUUACUAUAACCAAAAUGAAUAAGCUUUAUGUGUGGUAUCUUUUUUAUAUCACUGUGCAUAACCCAAUAAUCUCCACAAUCCCAAAUUGGUAUGCAUAAACUGUUUGAUAGUGCUGGUUUCAACUAUAUUUCCCCUGAGGAAAUUCAGACCCGUUUGCCGGACGAAAAUUUGAGAUUCAUUAAGUUUGAAUAGCUGAGAUCAUUAAAAUACAAUUCUUACAGUUAAUAUCCUCGAUGUAUUCAGUGCUUGAUUUCAGCCAAACUAUUCGGUCAAAUUUUGAGGAACGUUCACAAAAAAAACCAUAGUUUACCCAUGCAUGUGUUCCAAAUGAUAGUUUAUUAUUACAGAUAAGUGAUUUUAUUUGCUUAAAGAAGUGAUACAUUACAUCAAAAAACCGAAACUGUGAAAUCAAUGGGAACUUAUAAGUGCGUUUUUUUAAUCGUAAUAUUAAUCUCUAGUUUUACAGACAUUACCCUCUAACCGACUUUUUUCUCUUCCACACUUGACGACAGUUCAUUUUAAUUUCAACACUUUGUCUCGUCAUAUUAUACUCUAUCUUUUUCACAAUUAUUAUUUAUCCAAUUUCUUUGCUGUUCUCUCGAAUGUGGGACUUCGAACUCUCUGGAAAGACUAGUCAUGACAUUUAGUUGUUAGCGUAGAUUUGUGUCUGGCUUUUAAAAUUUGAGGUAUAAAGGAGAGUACGAUGCAAAUGUGUUAAGAGAGAAGUUUAACCAAUCAUUUAACACCAAGAUGUGAAUUAGAAGAGAAUACUUAAGAAAAUGAGUUGAAUACUCGUCGUGCAUACACAGAAUGUUAAAUAUUUUAUGCUCACUUAUUGCGAAUAUAGAAAAACUCAACAACUCCAAAAUUAUCACGUACUCAAUAGUGACUAGCUUUCAGAGGAAUUUUUCGGAGUUCUAGUCAGAAGCCGCGACAAGUGGAGUUCAAUCGUGUCGGGUGUUAUUUAAGAUACCCACCAAAAAAUGAAAGAUGGUCGCUCCAUGUCGUGAAUUGAUUUGGGUUAGGAAGAUAAACUACUGGAUUCCGGCUACAUAGUCGAGAGGUUAAGCGUCCACUCGUGAGACCUCAGGUCCUGAGUCAGAUGUCUAGUGAUGGGUUCGUGAAUGUGCACUCUUAAGAAGUCAUAUACUAGGAUAACAUGGCUGGUUAGUGGUUUUAUGCUUCCAGUGGCUGCCUAACUUAUGUAGGUUCGUGAUCCCAGUAACUUAAGUUGUAAAAACGUAGAGGUAGAGAUGAGUCACCCAGAAUUGGCAAAUUUAAAAAUGAAUGACUUUUAUCUUUCAUCACAUUGAAUUCCCAACAAAAAUACCUUUCAGUAGUGCUCAGAGCAAUUGAAAGUUGUUAGUGAGAGCUUUUUUGUCAUGUAGUAAAAACAACAUUCUAAGACAUAUCAAGUGCUAAAUUUCUUUACAAACAGAUUUCUCAUAACAUAUGGAUCAGUCAGUUUUCUUUGUUUAUAACGAAAUUGCAAAUAAUUCAUUUCCUUAAUGGUUCAGUGAAUGAUAAUAGAUGAGUUGGUGAGAUAGGAAUGCUAAAAUCGAUAACGAUUUUAACACAUAACUUCAUAUCGAUAUGAUGUGGCAACUGUGGUUUUCUAAUAAUUUCACCCCGGUAACUUCAGCGAUUUUAUUAAUAUAUAUUGUAGACGAUGAUGAGUUUUUUAUGGUUGUGAGAAGGAAUCAGAAUGAUACCUUCUGUGUGAAUAUAUUUGCACUAAAAUUAACGAGUUUAUAUAGCAACAUAUUUCAAGAACAUUAAAAUCAGAAAACUAAUAAUAAUCUUUGAAUGAACAAUAAACCUCUUAAAAGUAUCAGACUCUAACGGGUGUUAAUACUCACCUGUUAAAACAACUGACGAAUAGAUUUUAGACUUGUAGCAAAUUUGGAAUGAAGACGGGCACUUUAGUCAUCAACCCCUUGCCUCGACCUUACUAUAAAACUAUGAUGUAUAUUUUGAACCUACCACUAGGUUUAUGAUGAAAAAACUUUUCUGUUAAAUACAUAUUGGUUAAAUUUUUAUGUUGUCUUGGUUUCUAGAUAAAAAGGAACAACCAUUAUCUUUCACGUGUGUAUGCAUGCAAAAAAUGCACCAAACAAUAUGUUAUUUUACACAUAGAUUCGAUUAAUAAUGUUCAACUUAUAGUCCACAUUAAUCCGAUUGUGAUAAGUCAGUUAUCUAGACCAUACUACUACACUUACUCUAUUUAAAUAAAUUUCAAAUGAAGUGUACAAUGUACAUACAUUUGUGUAUAUAUGAGCCGAUAGAAAUUGUACUUAUACAUUAAUUAAUUCAAUCCGGAAUACUCAAACACAGAAUUCAACUUCAAAAUUCUUAUGGCAAAAUGAAAAAAAAAGGCCAAGAAUAUCAAAUAUUGAUUAGUUUACAAAACAAAAUUAAAGUGUAAAAUAAUACCUGUGAUUAGCUCUGUGAACGUGUCAUCCCACGCAAUGAAAUUAACAUAAAUGUCCAGUGAAAGAUUGGUAAUGCAAUGAUAUACUGACGACAUUGAGUGAAUUAAUCCAAUUUAAGAUAUUUCCUCUUAGAUUAAUGCGUUAAAUUGAAGACUCGAUGAAGGAUAUGGUAUAUCUUAUAAGUAAUUAAGUUAAAAAAUUCUAUAUCUAGUUUCCAAAAUCAUUUAAGUGGAUAGAAAUAUCAGUACAGUUACAUAGUAAGUGUAGCAUUUUGUGUAGGGUAAACUACAAAAAGUACUUGACUUAGGUUACAGUUUUUACCUGAGCGUACUUGAUAUAAUUCAGGACAUAGUUAAGAGUGUCUUUAAGCAUUCUCCCACACGAAUACCCUUAACCCUAACAUUCCUAGUCCGAAUUCCCCUAACCUUAACGACAAUCAAAUAUUCAUAGGGUAUUGGAGGUCAUCCAUUACACAAUCAUUUAAGACUUGGCUGUUACGAAUAAACUGUGUGUUAUAUCCUAGUGAAGAUUAAAUUACGGCUAACUUCUGAGAACUAUUAAUGGACUAAUAUUAUACAUAUAUAUUCUUAUUGUAUAACUAUUCAGUAACUAGAUUACGUAUAUCUAUAUUCUUAUUAUGAGCUUCAUUUUGACCCAUAGAUGAUUAUUAUACGAUUUACUAUUGUUAAAUUAUACUCAGUUUACCAAUUAGUCUCCCACGUUCACAGCCACUUUUGGGCUAGAUCUUGUACAAAUAUUAUUUCCUAUUUUAUGGUAUGAUGUGGUCUGUUUGGUUGGUAUAUAAGCCAAAUAUGUUUGGAAUAGGUGAUUCGCAUAGUGGGAGCUGCUGUUGGCAUUCUGGACUCAACGAGAAAGGCUAGAGGAACAAGGGACCAAUAGGGACGGAGGCUGUUCAUACCAGUCGAAGAUCAUUGGUUUGGUACAGUACUAAAAUUGUAUAGGUUGUAUUUCGAUUGGCUAAUGAGUCACGUGAUAAUUAGCCGGGCCUAAAGUCACAACACUGGGCAUCGUAUCACAUACCUCAGAAUAAUUACUGGUUGGUUUAAACUACUUUGAUUCCUAGUCAAUAGGUCACAGAUUUGGACUUAAACUUGGAUACGAUCAUGUAGUAUUAGUAGUCUCACAUAAAUUGUGUUUGUCAAGGUCCUAGUCACGUGAACAUGUGACUUGAGUUACGAAGGGAUUUUCGAUGGGAAAACCUAAAUAUAGUGAAAAAUAUGAGUUGGUUAGAAUGAAUGCUUAAUCAUUUUUUAUUUAUUAAAAAGGUAUUCACUGCUAUCAAAAAAAUGUAUUGGUAGUAAAUAGUUGAUACGAGGCUAUGUUUCACUAUCUUUGUUGUCAUAUAAACGAUUGAUAGUAUAAAUUGAAGAUCAUUUUAAUACUUACCAGUAUUCAUGAGUAUGUUAUCAUGUUAUUAUAAGUGUACUUUGUUAUAAAAAGUGUUUUAACUUGAUCUUUGAGUGAAAUGAGGCAAGAAUUCAUAGUCUGUUUUGAUAAGUCAGUUUGUGAUCUAAACUAUAGUUGUUUAUUCACACUGCAUAACAGAGGUUGGAAUUAAGUCUUGAGGUCAACACUGCGAACUUCAUCGUAUUAUGAUAUAUAUAUCAAUACUGACUGGAAUGUUUAUCUCAUUAGAGCUAAAUUUUAAUAUAAUAUAAAACUUUAAAAACAAUUUAUCUGACCUUUUUUGAAAAGAAAAUCAUCACUUCAGUAUUGUUUGUCCAUUGUACAAGUUGAAUGUACAUUGACUAAAAAAAUACUUUUCAUUUCUUCAAUUAUACUUGGGAUGUGUGUUAAAAUUAAUUUUUCUGGUUAGCGUUUUUUAGCGAGUUUUCUACGGGAUGGGGUCGCUAACCCCAUGCCCAACAAGCCUCCUUUAUCCGAGUUGGGGUCAGCAAUACCCUCAGAGGGGCUCCAGGUGGAGUUGUUGAAAUUAGUACUAAUUUUUUAUUUAUAUUUAUUUGAUGUUGUUUGGUACAAAGAUACUUGUGGAAAUCGUGCAUUACUUUGUUACUCUCCUAGUCACAUAUACAUAUCCACUUUUGAACAGGGUUAAUCAUCGGCAAUUAAAGCAUUGUCUAGCAUUUUUAUUGACGUUGUUUAAAUAAUAAAAACUGUCUUAGAAGGAUGUGCUUCUGCUUGUUGAUGCCACCGAGUGAAUAAUACUGAGGUUAAACACUGGGUACUAGGUAAUGAUGGCAAAAUGAUGUAGGAGGUAGUGAGUCUUUGUCGACUGAGAUGGUCGAGACAUGUAACACGUACGCCUAAUCACUACCAGCGUUUACUGGUGCAGUAUUGGUUGGUAUGCUAGGAGCGGCCGGACCAAGUCGUAGCAUCAGUGUAUGAAUCCAUUGACUGUUGAACUGGAACUUGUUGGUAGGGACCGUCUACUUGGUUGGGAUCCAUGCGAUUAUAAUGGUUAAUGGUUGGAGAUGUUGGGUGACAUGUUUUAAAGUCGGUUUCAGUUUUCCAAAUACUUUUGUAUUACCGUAGGCUUCGAGUUUUUAUCCCACAAAUUAAUUCAUUCUUUUUCAGUAAUAUUGUUCGCAGAGUAUCUCUUUUACCACCACUUACAUUGCUAAUAAUUCUACUGCUCUAGGUUUAUCCUAAUUAUCUGAUGUCUCUAUGUUAAUGUGAUGUGGCCACUUGAACCGAUGUAUACUUUUUGAACGUUUUACGUUGAUGAUAGCUAAUUUACUGAGUAUGGAAGAGUAUUUAUUCAGUGUAUUUGUGAUACUGAACAAUCUAUCUAAUGCUUUUAAUGAUGUAGUGAUUCAUUCUGAUCACGUUUAACUGAACAUAUACCACAGUUUACCACCGGACUUUUGGGCGAUCAAUCUUAUGACUAGGGACUAUUAUUAAUAUCAUUCGGCUAAGCAGUUCAGCAGAGAUUUUCGUAUAUUUUGAAAUGAUGUACAAGUUUGACGAGUUACAGUAGUAACCACUCAUGAUAUCACACACGAGAUCGAACCCAUCGGAAUUAAUUUCAAGUCGGUUCACUGACAUAAUUUUCAGAAUGCGAGUGAAUCCUAAUAAAAUCGUCAAUCAUUUGGUUUAUAUCAUUUGAAAUUUAUCUAGUUGAGAUAUAGUUACUAGUGUGGCCACCUCAUAAAUUCUGGUAAUUUGAUCUGGUCGAUUCUGGUGUCAUAGUAGACCAUUCAGUGGUAAAAUCUCCGAGUGUGAUGCUGAGUAAACUAGGUUCCAAUCUCGAAGAGAAUAUUAGUCCCUUUAAGGUUUCAGAUACGUUUUUUAGACGAGUGUCAACCAGUAUAAAGUCCACAACCAUGGGGUUUAUUCCGAUCUCCUGAAGCUACCUAAUAUAGUCUAAGCCAUGCUGGUUCGCUGGGACUAAAGAUCACGUUUCGAUUUGACUGACUGAAUCCGAUCAGCUGUAAGGACUAUAGUAAAAUGACAUUGGCUACUAUUCGGUGGUUAACUGGUUAUUCGUUUGUUUCAUAAUUGGUACUUGAUACAAUGGUUUUUCACCGGUGAAAUAUUAGGGAUUAAAAUAUACUGACAAACUGAAAAAAUAAGUUUAAACAACAAGUGUUAACCAUUCAAAGCUUUAUUUUACAAAGCGCUUGAAAUCGAUCACAGGAAUAGACAAUAAGAUCUGAGAGAAAAGCUUAGUUAAUCAAUUAUUCCUGCACUCUCUAUGUGACAAAUUCAGAUUUUGUUGUCAUUGGAUUAAGCAAAACUUGGAAAAUAAAUUCGCAAGUCAAAUAUGUGUUAGCGGAAUGAAGGCAGUCACAAAAAAAUUCUAGAUCUAGACUUCGUGCUAGUUUGCCCUCGUCAACAGGUGUGUCGGUAAUCUUCAGAGAUUUGUUGCUCUCCAGCGGACUCGACCCCGAAUCCUUCUGCUUCAUGAUCUUGAACUUUCUUAAUGAGCUACUUGGGUCACAACUGACUAGGAUGUUUUUAUUGAUUGGUCACUAGCAUGAAAACUAGAUUCAUAGUUUCCGCCACGACUACCUCUAAACCAUCUAGCAUUUCAGCCUAUUGCACACGAUGUUCAGUCAACUAGAUUAGUGGCCACAUGCAACUUAAUAGGGAAUUGUGACUUAAGCCUUGGGUUAAUAGCUGUUAUUAUGAUAAAUAUGUUGAUUUGAUUAACUAACUGGAGUGAUUGAUUUGAAAUUAAAUACAAAAUUUACUCGUGUAACUGAUCAAUUAAUUGACUACAAUAUUAAAACAUCAUGACUAUAAAUGUACAUACCAAAGUACAUGACAGACAUUUAACAGUAAUCCUUUACACUCUAUUAAUCUAAUUGUUUGUUCGAUAUGAUCAUCGAGACAAAAUGAUUAUUAAUAUUAUAACUACAUAAUUGACGAAAGUUAUAGAAGAAAAAUAUUGGACGGAAAUUUUUAAUGGUUUCUCGUCUUAUUACACAUUUCAGGUAGUGUAUCGAUACGUACAAAUUCAUUGAUAUCAUUACAAUGUGAAGUGAAUAUCACUGACUUAGAUGGUUUUUAUUUAAAGUCAAACCAUCAUUGUAUUUCAACUAAAUGGUUGAAAGUUAUUCUAUUUUGAAAAAAAACCCAACCUGAAGUGUCCUAGGUGUACACAAUCCUAUUUAGAGUUGUGGUUUAUUCACCAUUGAGUAGUCUUCAACAGGGCUGAAACAAGUGCUCUUAGUUCGUGAUAAAGAUUAUUUGAAAGUAAGGAAUAAUUGACUUAUUCCAU